AUGGCGGCGCGGACCCACGCGCCCCAACCACUCCGCAACGGCUGUAUCCAAGACGUCGACCGAGUCGGUGAUCCUCGGCUUCCAGCGCGCGCCGCGCCUUCAGCGUCGCUGCUGCCCAGAUGGAACCAGCAGCAUGAGAACUUGGAGAAGCUGAACAUGCAGGCCAUCCUUGAUGCUACAGCCAGCCAGGGCGAGCCCAUCCAGGAGCUGCUGGUCACCCAUGGGAAGAUCCCGACGCUAGUUGAGGAGCUGAUUGCAGUGGAGAUGUGGAAGCAGAAGGUGUUCCCUGUGCUGUGCAGACUGGAGGACUUCAAGCCCCAGAACACUUUUCCCAUAUACAUGGUGGUGCACCAUGAGGCCUCCAUCAUCAACCUUCUGGAGACAGUAUUCUUCCACAAGGAGGUGUGUGAGUCAGCAGAGGACGCUGUCUUAGACUUGAUAGACUACUGCCACCGAAAACUGACUCUACUGGUGGCCCGGAGUAGCCGUGGUGGCCCUCCUGAAGAGGAGGAGUGCCAGUCCAGCACCCCCAUGCAGGAGCUGCAGAAGCAGGCAGAGCUGAUGGAGUUUGAGAUCGCAUCGAAGGCCCUCUCAGUGCUGCGCUACAUUACAGACUGUGUGGACAGCCUUUCCUUGAGCACCUUGAACCGCAUGCUCAGUACCCACAACUUGCCCUGCCUCCUGGUUGAACUGCUGGAGCACAAUCCGUGGAGCCGGCGGGAAGGAGGCAAGCUGCAGCAAUUUGAGGGUGGCCGUUGGCAGACAGUGGCCCCCUCAGAGCAGCAAAAGCUGAGCAAGUUGGAUGGGCAGGUGUGGAUUGCCCUGUACAACCUGCUACUGAGCCACGAAGCCCAGGCCCGCUACUGCUUCACCAGCUUUGCCAAGGGACAGCUACUCAAGCUUCAGGCCUUCCUCACAGACACACUGGUCGACCAGCUUCCCAACCUGGCAGGCCUGCAGGGCUUCCUGGCCCACCUGGCCCUGACUGAAACCCAGCCCCCUAAGAAGGACCUGGUGUUGGAACAGAUCCCAGAAAUCUGGGAGCGGCUAGAGAGAGAGAACAGAGGCAAGUGGCAAGCUAUUGCCAAGUACCAGCUGCGGCAUGUAUUCAGCCCCUCAGAGCAAGACCUGCAGCUGCAGGCACGAAGAUGGGCUGAGACCUACAGGCUGGACGUGCUAGAGGCAAUAGCUCCAGAGCGGCCCCGCUGUGCCUACUGCAGUGCAGAGGCCUCCAAACGCUGCUCGCGAUGCCAGAAUGAAUGGUAUUGCUGCAGGGAGUGCCAAGUCAAGCACUGGGAGAAGCAUGGAAAGGCUUGUGUCUUGGCAGCCCAAGGUGACAGAGCCAAGUGA